AUGUCAGUCUUAUUAACAGGUGCUUCAGGUUUCAUCGCUUUACACAUCAUUGAUGUCCUUUUAUCCAAAAAUCAUAAAGUUAUUGGUACAGUUAGAUCUCAAUCAAAAGCUGACAAGAUAACAAAACAAUUUAAAGAAUUAUACCCUCAAGGUGAAUUAUCUUUUGAAAUUGUUGAAGAUAUUGCAGCACCAGGUGCUUUUAAUCAUGUUUUACAAAAGCAUCCAGAAAUUAAAAAAGUUUUACAUACAGCUUCACCUUUUUCAUUUGGUUUAAAUAAAGAUUUAAAAGAUGCUUAUUUAACUCCAGCUACUGAAGGUACAAAAAACAUUUUAAUUGCUAUUAAAGAUUAUGCUCCACAAGUUGAUAAAGUUGUUGUUACUUCAUCAUUUGCUUCAAUUUAUGAUGGUAAUAACGCUCAUAAAAGAGAUUUCAUCCAUAAAGAAGAAACUUGGAAUCCAAUUGUUUGGUCAGAUGUUCAAAAUGAAGUUGAUGCUUAUUUUGCCUCUAAAAAAUUAGCUGAAGAAUUAGCAAGAACAUUCGUUAAAGAAAAUAAUGUUAAUUUUGCUUUAACUACAAUUAAUCCACCUUAUGUUUUAGGUCCACAAAAAUUUGAUGAUGUUUUAGUUAAUCCAACUUUAAAUACUUCAGCAGAAAUUGUUAAUUCUUUAUUAUCAACAAAACUUGAUGAAAAAGAAUUCGUUCAAGGAUUUUCAGGUCUUGCAGUUGAUGUUCGUGAUGUUUCAAAAUUACACGUCCAAGCUAUUGAAGAUAAUAAAUUAGAUGAUAAAAGAAUCUUCCCAGUUAAUGGUGCUUUUGUUGGUCAAACUAUCUUGAAUAUUAUCCAUAAACAAUUUCCUGAAUUAAAUAAUAAGAUUGGUAAAGGUGAUGAUGACGAAGCAAAGAAUGAACAAGUUUUGAAAGAUCAUGCUCCAUUAUAUGAUAAUUCUAAAACUCAUGAAUGGACUGGUUUAAAGGAAAUUUCAUUUGAACAAACUAUUAAAGAUUCUGUUCAACAAAUUUUAGAUUUCCAAAAGAAAAAUCAAGCUUAA